CGCGCGGGAAAAACGAGGGGGAAAGCUCGAAAGUGAAGCAGCCAUGGUGAAGGAAAUGCCGCUCGACAUCGGGCUACGUGUUGACGUACUGGACGACGAGGGUAUCUGGAACACGGGCGUGAUCGUGGACGUUGGCAAAGAGGCCGACGAGGACGAGGAUAAGGUCGAAGUUAAGUACGACGGAUGGGGAGACGAGUACAACCAGUGGAUUGGCGUGGCAACGCAGCGUCUUGCCCCGCUUCACACGUACACUAUCGUCAAGAAGUGCUGGGCCAAGCUCACGAAGUGGCCUUGGUGGCCGGCCUUCGUUGUACUACGCGCACCCACGACGGCGCUGGCAGCCCACGGCCUCGAGGAGGAGACGAAGCUGUACGUGGAGUUCUACGACUCGUUCAAUGAGGACAAACGCUCGCGUUGCUGGAUGCAGAAGAAGAACGUGGCGUCGUUCCGCGACAGCUUCGAGGAGCGCGCGUCCAAGAACAUUGGCAAGAAUUUCCCCAAGUUUGUGGAGGGCACUCAACGCGCCAAGGCCGGUACGUCGCCGUUGCUGUUCUCAGGACCGGGUACUUUGCCUAUUGAGUACUCUAGCAAGAUGGCUGAGCCGUUGGAGGAGAAGAGGAAGGAGUGUACCACGGAGCAGUGGUUCCAUCUGUACAGAGACUUUAGCAACCGCUACCAGGACCUGUACGGAUACUCUACGGCUCCGUCGGGGUCGACAACGACCUCGUCUCCUGGCCGCAAGUCGGGCAAGCGCGCUCCUGGUCGCCCCAAGAAGGUCGUGAAGCAGCAACUGUCAGAAGAUGAAGAUGAAAGUGAAGAGAAGGACGAAGAACCUGAAGCUGAUGACCCUGAAGAGAGCGGCAACGAAGAGGAGGAGGCCUCUGCCUCUGCACGACGGACAACCCGUCGCAACAAGCGCGCUGCAGCCCCAGCUCCCUCCUCGCGCCGCAGCACCCGACCCCGACGCGUUAAAGUAAUUGAGGUACUGACCGAUACAAGCUCUUCCAUGGUUGGUUCUUCCUUUUCUCCUGCUACAUCCGUCCGCGACGCAAGCUCCAGAUCCUCGAGCGUUGCGCGGGACACGAGCGUUGUGGCCAAUCGCUCGCUGUUUACAGUCAAUAAGGAGGCUGACGCGCAGUCUGCGGUAGAUACCCUGGAAGCCAAGAAGCCUGCUAGCUCGCUGGACACUGAAGAGCAGAGUGAAGACCUCGUAAUGGACGAGUGCAAGCCUGCGGCUCCGAUCGAACUCAGUCGUCCUGAGCUCAACCUUGAGAGUGCGACAGGCAGUAGGCGCCGGAAGGAUCGACCUGCCAAAUUGUCUGAGCGCGCUAAUGCUGCUAAGAAACCGAAGACUGAGGGACACACUACUGAGCAAGACCCUGAUUUCUAUCAGGACUGGUCUGGUGGGUCUCGCUACGAAGUGGACAACAAGCCGUGGAGCAUCUUGGGAUGGAUUACGGAGGGCUUUAAGAGCAGACUGCAGCGGAAGUGAAGGGAAGCAAAUGUGGAGGAUGCUGGCCAUUCUCAUCUGUGUAAAUGAACAUUGUGCUGAUGUACUGAUGAGCCUUUGUUACCUCUUGUUUAAUGGUUUACUUUUUUCUGUCUUUCGCUGGAGUGAAGCACUUCGAGGAGACAAAUGCGGCUGCUCACGACGAACUUCUGCUAAUGUCGCUGGCGCUUGUGGAGAGAGAUUGAGACGAACUACCGAGUCAGCCUGAUGCGCUGCCAAUAGCGACUGAAACACUCCGUCCCGAUAAAUCUUUGGCACGGAUGCACCGACGUAACGUGGUGAAAUACCGGGUGCCAGUAAUUGAGAGCGAUGUAGCCAUUGCUUCUCACCGGAAAACGGAGAUUGGAUCGAAGGAAAACGCGGGUUAUGCUCGUAAUACAUUGUCCUGUCAGCAGCUAAUGGAGAACGAGGCGAAGAUGGAUCUCGCCUUCUAGCACUACUGUCUCUAUGACUGGAUGAAUUAUCGUCGUAGAAUUCACACAGUGAACGUGAAAGAGGAUCCACGUCACGUAAAUUUUCCCAGGAUGGAGCACUUGCAACCCACUGGAUGCCACGCAAAGCAGAGAAAUACACACUUUGGUUAUGUGCACCGAUGAAGAACUCGCACACGAUACCUGGUAAAAACAGAAAAAUAAACAUUCGUAACUACAUACUUCGAAGUAGUAAUAUCGUUGGAAAC